GGACUGACGAUUUGAAAAGAUGACCAGGUGCUACUACAACGAGACCAUUGAGUUCUUCUACAACAACAGUGGCAAGGAGCUGUCCCGAGUGUGGAGGAACAAGGAUGUUCUGGUGGUUGUUCUGGGCCUGACCGUCAGCAUCAUUGUGCUUCUCACCAACCUGCUGGUCAUUACAGCCAUUGCCAUCAACAAGCGCUUCCACUAUCCAAUCUAUUACCUGCUGGGGAAUCUGGCUGCUGCCGACCUCUUUGCCGGCAUUGCUUAUUUGUUCCUGAUGUUCCACACGGGACCCAACACAGCCCAGCUUUCUCUCAAGACUUGGUUUGUCAGGCAGAGCCUCCUGGAUACCAGCCUGACGGCCUCUGUGGUCAACCUCCUGGCCAUUGCAGUGGAGCGACACCAGACAGUGUUCACCAUGCAGCUCCACAGCAAGAUGUCCAACCAGCGAGUCAUAAUCCUCAUUGUCUGCAUCUGGCUAACAGCUCUGCUGCUUGGCCUCAUCCCCUCGUACGGCUGGCACUGCCUGUGUAGCCUGAAGGACUGCUCAAGGAUGGCUCCGCUCUACAGCCGAAGGUACUUGACCUUUUGGGCCAUCUCCAACCUCUUCAUCUUCCUCAUCAUGGUGGUUGUUUACACUCACAUUUUCAUCUACGUCAAGAGGAAGAUGGCUCGCAUGUCCAGGCACACCAGCUUCCAUCCGCGCUACAGGGAGACCAUGAUCAAUCUCAUCAAGACAGUUAUCAUUAUCCUCAGUGCCUUUGUUAUCUGCUGGACCCCUGGACAGGUGGUGCUCCUGUUGGACGGCCUUGGCUGUGAAACGUGUGACGUGUUAUCGGUGGAGAAAUAUGUCCUGCUUCUGGCUGAAAUAAAUUCACUCAUUAAUGCCGUCGUCUACUCCUACCGGGACAAUGAGAUGCGCAGCACUUUCCGGAAGAUUCUCUGCUUUGCCUGUCACAGGAUGCCAAAGUACUCGCCUGCGUCGGUCAAGUCCAGCACCACAGAGCACAGGAUAUUGCCUCAGAAUGGACAUCCAGUGAUGGACUCCACACUCUAAUCUGCCAUUUUCAGGCUCCUUCAUGCUGGUUGUCUGAAGCCAACUUUUGGUAAUCGAUGGGAGACCAGCCUGUCUUGAGGCCAGAGACCGUGGCUGCAGUGCAACUGCGGGAAGCGCUGUGACCAGCCAGGGUCUGUAGGAGACAUUGUUGUACCUGUGGAUGAGGGCAGCCAUCUUGGUUUGUAGCACCAAAGUGUGACAAUGUGCGCCACCCCCACCCCCCGACAGAUGAUGCUGUACUGUGACUGUAGAGACCACAUAUCUGGGGUGCAGUGACUGUUCACAGAGCCAAGGAAUGAAUCAGCACACUUGCUUCGCAUAACACCUUGAAAGGCACCUUAAAAAUGCUGCUGUGUUAAGAACCUGUUCAAAACUGGUUUGCACCACAGCUUCUUCCUUCCCAGGCUAACAAGCAAGUUUCCCUCUGUCUGUUAACACCGGGGUGGGGGUGGGUGGGGGUGGCUCUUAAGACAGACUUGUUUUUCUAGUUCUUUUAAGCACACAAAUGUUUGGACAGUCUUUGAAAAAUGGUGGAAUGAAACCCCAGGGAUACCUGCCUUUCUGUUCUUGUACAGUGCUGUUUUAAGCAAGCUGUACUGGGGGGGGGGGAUCUCCUGCCAUGUCAAGGUGCUUGUCUAGAAUGUUUCUAUGUAGGGUGAAGAACUUUCUGUCCCCAGCCUGUUCAGUAUUACUGCCUUCUUGGCACGGCCAUUCUAGGACUGAGACACAAAAGCCUACUACAUGUCUUCUGCUACUGCACAAAACUCCCCAAUAAUCUGUUACAACCUCUACCACCCACUGCGUUUUAUGCUCUUGGAAAUUCCAGGUCAAGAUGGCCCAGUUGCCAGCUCUCCUUCUGGCAACACCCACAGUAACAAUUAGGUUGAAUUAACGGUCCCGUUCUAUCUAGGAACUGACAUUGCAGCAGCAAUAGGCAAGAAUUAAGCAUGCCAAAAGCAAUUAUUCUUUUCUCUUUUCUUGAAGGUUGAUGCUUAGAGGUGGAGUUUGGCAGCUUAGCUGAAGCUCGGAUAGUGUGGUGCCCUCCUGGUGUUGUGGGGCUACAGCUCCCAUCAUCCCUGCCCAUUGCCCAUGCUAACUGGGGAUGGUGGGAUUUGUAGUCUCACAACUGGAAGGUCCUGUGUUGGCCACCCACCAGCUGAUGACUGUGAAUAGUUUAGCUUGCUAAGUAUCAUAUUCUUCUGCCCAGGCUUUGUUUGCUCCCACAACUCAUUUGCUGUAGGAAAUGGACCCCCUGCAUUGUUGAAACAGGCACGAUGCCCAGUUAGAGGGCUGGUUCCAUCGUGAGGUGUUGUCUGUGUGAAAUGCCCUUGUCCCCCCCCCCCACACAGGCUUGGCCUUGAGUUGCUUUAGAGUCACUGGGUGAAGAGUCAGUCAGCAGGAUUGCUCCUGUGCCUCGAAUAAUUGCAUAGCAGGCAGAAGUUUGGUGUCUGAACUCAGUCCACCCCCUCAGGGAGAUUACGAUGCUAACUGUGCUUCAGCUCUCCUUCUUCUUCUUCCAGAUGUGCACAGUUGAACCCAGGUGUCCCAAAGCCAGCAGCAUUCACUCUUCUGAGUUGGCCCAUCAACAUGCAAAAAUAUGAGUUGGAAGAACCUGUGCUUCUUUUCUACUGUGUAAAUUUCACAAUAUGCCAUGCACACACACCCCCAAACACCUUCUCUGGGAAACUGUGAAGGGCUUUUUAAUAUAUCAUAUAUGCCAAGAAUAAAAUAAUGUGUUGGUAGACUGACAAAA